GAGGAACAGCAGGAGCUGGUGAGGCAGGCCUGGCCUCCCGGGCAGUGAGGACCGUCAAACCGACCCACAGCCAGAACCCACCAGUGCCGGACCCCUGCUCAUCCAGAGUUGACCGCGAAGAUGACGCUGACCCGGGGGCUGCUCCCCAUCGCUCUCCUGGCUCUGUGCUGGGGGCUCAGCGUGGCAGGGGCCCAAGGGACCAUCCCGCUGCAGACCCUGAGCUGCCAUAACGACUACACCAGCCGCAUCGUCUGCAGCUGGGUGGACACCCGGGACGCCCAGCGGCUCAUCAACGUGACUCUCCACCGCAGGCUGAACGAGCACCCCCCGCAGCCAGUGGCUUGCCAUCUCAGUGAUGACACAUCCUGGUCAGAUGGCACUUGUCCUGGCUGUGUGCCCAGAAUAUGCAUCAUCCCCUGCAAGCUUUUCCUCCUUCAUGACAGAGACUACUUCUCAUUCCGACCAGACAGGCCUCUGGGCGCCGAGCUCACCGUCACUCUGACCCAGCACGUGCAGCCCCCCGCCCCUGAAGACCUCCAGGUCACUGCUGCCGGGAACCAUUUCCUGCUGACCUGGAGAGUGGCCCUUGUGGCGUCCCAGAGCCACUGGCUGUCCAACCUGGAGUUCGAGGUGGUCUACAGGCAGCUUCAGGACUCCUGGGAGGACGCCCCCACCCUCCUCUCCAACUCCUCCCAGGCUGUCCUGGGGCCAGAGCACCUCCUGCCCAGCAGCACCUAUGUGGCCCGAGUGCGCACCCGGUUGGCCCCGGGCUCGGGGCUCUCGGGACGGCCCAGCCAGUGGAGCCCGGAGGUGCGCUGGGACUCCCAGCCAGGGGAUGAGGCUCAGCCCCGGAACCUCCAGUGCUCCUUCGACGGUGCCACUGUGCUCAGCUGCUCCUGGGAGGUGAGGUCCGAGGUGACCAGCUCAGUCUCCUUCACCCUCUUCUACAAGUCCAGCCCCAGUGCAGGGGAGGAAGAGUGCUCCCCGGUGCUGCAGGAGAAGUGCGGCGGCCCCUACAUCCUGCACCGCUGCCGGAUCCCCGUGCCCGACCCCAGCAACCACAGCCAGUACAUCGUCUCUGUGCGGCCAAGGGAGGAAGAGAAAUUUAUAAAGAGCUCAGAGAACAUCCAGAUGGCUCCCCCGACACUCAACGUGACCAAGACUGGGGACGCCUACGUCCUGCACUGGCGAGCAGCAGAAAUGCAUGAAAAACACAUAGGUCACACCUUCCAGGUCCACUACAAGAAAGAUGCGGCCUCGUGGGAGGAGGCCAAGAAGGAGACUGUGUCACACACACACAGCCUGUCGCUCUCCAGGCUGGAGGCUUCCACCAGGUACCAGGCACGGGUGAGGGUCAAGCCUGCCCCUGGCAGCUACAAGGGGAUCUGGAGUGAGUGGAGUGAGGAGCGCUCCUGGGUCACUGAGUGGGUGCUGCCCAUGUGGGUCCUGGCGCUCAUCCUGGUCUUCGCCACCCUAAUCUUGCUCCUAGCCCUGCGCUGCUGUGGCAUCUACGGGUACAGGCUGAACCGGAAGUGGGAGGAGAAAAUCCCCAACCCCAGCAAGAGCCACCUGUUCCAGAACGGGAGCGCCGGGCUGCGGCUCCCAGACGGCGUGUGCACCAGCGGGAGCCCCCCAUACCAGGGGCCGUGGGGCAGCCACUUCCCUGAGCUGGAGGAGGGGGUGUUCCCUGUAGACUGCGGGCACAGCGAGGUGUCACCUCUCACCACAAAGGACCCUAAAGAUGCCCGGGACUCACCAUCUGAGCCUGACACGACUCCAGCCCCCUCGGACCUGCCCACCGAGCGGGCCCCCAACCCCCAGCCGGGCCUCUCGGCCCCCUCUGGCUGGCCUGAGGGCCUGGUCUCUGGCUUCGACUUCAAUGGCCCCUACCUGGGGCCGCCCCACAGCCGCUCCUUGCCUGACGUGGUGGGCCCGCUGGCGCCCCCGCAGAUGGGCACGAGCCAGAAGCUGCCACCUCUGGGGUCCCUGGAGUACCUGUGUCUGCCCCCGGGGGGACAGGUGCAGCUGGUCCCGCUGUCCCAGGCGAUGGCACAGGGCCAGGCCAGGGAUUUGGAGAAGAAGCCCAGCCCAGGGGCUGAGGAGAGUCCCUCCCUGGAGACAGGGGCAGGCCCUGCCCCUCCUGCACCAGGGCUGGUGGUGGGCGCUCAGGACUCAAAGGGCAGCCCCACAGCUCUGCCCGCUGGCUCUGGGGGCCCUGAGGACAGCGGCGUGGCCUCUGGUUAUGUCACCACUGCAGGGCUGGCCCUCGUCCCGCCCACAGGGGCCCCCUCUGUCUCCCAGGCUCCGCCUCUGGUGCUCCCCUCAGACCAGGACCACAGCCUCUGUCCUGGACUGGCCGGUGGGCCCCCUGGGGCCCCGGCCCCCAUGAAGCUAGAGUUUGAGGGCAAUGUGGAGCUCCCUCCCACCACAGGCCAGUCCUCCAAGUCCCCACUGGUCAGUCCUGCUCCUCCUGCAGCCUGCAGCCCCAUCCUGAGCCCAGGGGAGCCUCGGGCAGAUGCGGCCCCGGCCUCCCCACACCCUGAGGGGCUCCUGGUCCUGCAGCAGGUCGGUGACUAUUGCCUCCCCUCCAGCUUUGGAGCACGCCAGCUCUCUCUCCAGGGCAAGCCCUCCACUCUGAAAGAAGGCGCUCGGACUAAGAUCCGCUGGCCCCAUACCCUCGCCCAGUCUUUGUGAAGGG